AUGGUGGGCGUGCUGGCCAGCACGGCGGCGCACAUACACCAGGGCGGCGGCGGCGACGACGACGAGGAGGCGCGACAGACCUCCGUCGCCAUCUUCAUUGUCGGCACCGUCAUCGGGAUGCUCGUCAAGAUCUGGUCGUUCAUGGGGCAGCGCGGCCGCAUGCAGCUGCUGCUCGCCCUCCUGCUGGAGAUGCGGCGCCGCUACCAACGAGACUCCAGGGGCGCCCGCCCGCGGGCACAGUCCAACGGCGUCACGCUCUUCUACAUUCUCCAGGUGAACGCGGUGGCGGCGGCGCUGGCGUGGUCGGUGCAGCCGCUGAUCUCGGGCGCCGACCGCCGGCUGCCGCUGCCCGCCUGGCUGCCGUUCGACGCUACGGCGUCGCCCUACUACGAGGCGGUGUACGCCGGCCAGGCGCUGAGCCUGCUGCUCGUGCCGCAGAUCUCGCUCUGCCUCAACAUCUGCUACUUCGCGCUCAUGCUGCACCUCGCCGCCGAGCUCGCCAUCCUGCGCGACAACGUGGCCGUCGUGGGCUGGCGGCGGCCCUCCAAGGAGGCGGCCCUCCACGACGAACGACACGCCGUCGACCGCGAAUUCGCCGCCGCGCCGGAGAACCGCCUGCUGGAAGACAACGUCCGCCACCACCAGCUCAUCAUACGGGCAGUGAGCGAGCUGGAGCAGAUAAUGAGCACCUCAGUCUACAUCCACCUGUUCGUCAACAUGAUUAACGUCUGCUCUCAUAUCUUCGUCAUUUCUGUGGUGCUACUGGAGACCGACGAGAUGGCGGUAGUGGUGUCCACGGCCUCCAGUCUGGCCGUCUUUCUCAGUGGGAUCGCUCUGUACUGCAUCAUCGGCCACACCAUCAUCGACCAGAGCGAGCAGCUGCCAGAGGCGGUGUACAGCAGCGGGUGGACCGGCGCGGACGCCUCCUUCCGGAGGACGGUCUCCAUCCUGAUGGUCCGCGCCUCGCAGCCGCUCAGCAUCACAGUGGGCAAGAUGCGCGUGCUGUCCAAGCCCACGUUCGUGCAGGUGCUGAAUGGGUCUUACACGCUGUUCAACUUUCUCUAUCGGACUCAGAGCGACAAGGAACGGAAAAGCUAGUUAUUUCAAAGGCGAAAGAAGAAAUACAAGAAUUUUGCAUUCUGAUAACAUUAUCACAUGUAUCUAGUCAGCUCCUAUUUUUCAUGCAUAUUUUGGAAGUA